AUGAACAAGAAAACUUUUGCUAUAAUUCAGCAAAUAACGAGCUAUAUUACCAAUGUUCAAUUUGUGAUUGCCAUCGUCGGAUUUAUCCUAACAAUUCCUCAUUUACUAAUACUCACGAGAAAGUCUAUGAGAAGUUCUAGCACUAAUUCAAUUAUGACUGGAAUUGCAAUUUUGGAUUUAGUUGUGCUAUUGGAAGUUGUCCUGGAACAUGUCUAUUAUUUCUGGAUCUAUGAUAAUCCAUGUAUAAAUCAUAGCAAUUACAACUUCGAACUGUUUCUCUGGAUCGGAGAUUUUCUGAAAGACACUGGAGAACGGGCUUCAUUCUGGAUGGGUGUUUUUCUAGUUCUUAUCAGAUUGCUCAUCACAAAAUUUAAAACUGCUCAACGCUUAUCAGGCUAUUUUUUCGGCUAUGCUGUGUUCACUCUCACGUUUAUCAUAAAUGUUUUGAUAUCGUAUUAUUUCUAUUCAAAGUUUUAUCUUCAAGCAUGGAUGGUCCCAUGGCAACCUGGAAAACGAUGCAGUGAAUUUCCCAAAGGAUACAGUGAGAACCUAUAUGUUCGAACCAUUCAAGAUCAGGCUAGUUAUAUGGCGGUCUUUGGCAAUUAUAGUAUCAUAGGCGGAAUGUCCAAGAUUCUUAUCAGCGUCCUAUACCCAGUUUUAGCAGUAUUUUUGAUUUUUGAUAUCAGGAAGUCUGCGAAACAUGCGUCGACAGCUAAUAGCAAAAAGGCGGCUAAGGAAAGAUACCACACUGGACGUAUGAUUCUUCUGAUGGCAGUAUUAUACACAAUUACCAGUGCUCCUGGAGGAAUAUCCAAAUUUAUUACGCUCUACUGCAAAGUUCCUGAUGGUUCAAUUUUGAUGCUGCUUAUUGGAUACGGUUCCAUAUUUCUAUCUGCUUUAUUCUGCUUAAACUCUGCGUCUCACUGUCUCAUCAACUUCUCAAUGUCCACAAAUUACCGAAAGGCGGCGAAAAUGGUAUUUUUUGCAAAUCGGAAACAAAGUAGCACAUCUGUUUUAUCGGUAAAUUUGCAUCUGGAGUUCAAACUUUAA